AUGGAUAAUCUGUUGAUGAGUGAAGAGUGGCCAACAACCCUAUCCAGGGUCAUCGAGUUAAGUACCCAAAACUCUCAACAACGCAACAGGCAACGCAACAGGCGUAUUGUGCGUAGGUGGUGGAUGCGUCCAAUUUUUUUCCGGCGGCAAGAAGAUGGCAACCGUUUGCUUGACAAUAUUGUAGCAGAGCAAGCAAAUGAAACCAUGAUUAACUUUCUUCGCAUGAAGAAGGAAGAUUUUGAUGUUCUCCUUGACAUGAUACGCCCAGAAAUAAAUAGAAUGAACACAAAUAUGCGCGACUCCAUAACAGCCCAAGAACGGUUGCUUAUAACGCUGCGCUACUUGGCAACUGGAGAAACAUUCAGUAGUUUGCAGUAUUUGUUUCGGGUGUCUCGUUCCUCUAUAAGCAAUAUAGUCAAGGAAACUUGCUCCUGCCUUACUAAAGCUCUACGCGACUUCGUAAAGCUCCCCAAUUGUCCAGAUGAAUGGUUGAAAGUGGCUCAAGGCUUUCAAGAGAAGUUUAAUUUUCCACAUGUGCUCGGGGCCAUAGACGGAAAGCAUGUUGCUAUUAAAGCACCUCAUCAUAGUGGAACUGACUAUUUUAAUUACAAAAAAAUUUUCAAGUAA